AUGAGUAAGAAAGAAAGGAAGGAUUUUUUCGACAUCAUGAUAAAGACUAAGUCUUCACAGGACCAAAUAGCAUCCUAUUUGGUAUAGGCCAUUUUGGGUUUGAGAGAUAGGGAGAAUAAGAGUGAGUCAAUUAGGCUCUCAGGUAGUGGAUCGGCAAUCCCAAAUGUAAUUUUGGUUGCUGAAAUAAUUAGAGCAAGACAUAAAGGAUUGAGUUCAAUUGUCACACUGGAGAACAUUCAAAAGGAAAUUCUUGAGAAUGGAUCAAAAUCAAUAAUAUCAAUCCCCGCGAUUAGAAUCAAAUUGACAUGCAAUCCAACCAAGGAAGAAUAAGAAUAGCCCGGGUAUCAAGCCCCAGGAGAUGUGAAAGACGAUAAGAAGAUUGAACUUUAUGAUUAUAUCAUGAUCUAUGCAAGGAAUUUGUAUUUUUGGAAAGGCAAGGAAGGACAAAAAUAGACAUAUAACUAACCUCAAAAAAGGACUGAUUAACAAAUAGAAGAGAGAGGAGAAUUGAAGACCAGAGGAGGGGCAUAAGUGUAGGUGGGGAAAAAAAACCCUGAAGAAUUAAGAAGGAAGCCAGAUGAACCAGAAUACAGGGAAAAACAUGAAUAAGAAAAUAGGGAUAAGAGGUAUUCUAAACCAAAACCAAUCACUUACCAAUCUAAAUAAUAUUCAUCCUAAGAUAAGGAGGGAUAGUUUAGACCCAAGUAAGGAGAAGUCAGAACAAGGGGUGGCAAUAGACGGUGA